GACCUUGCCUCUAUUAUACAUCUACAGUGUCCUGGAUCUACAGUGCAGGCACAGUAAAGUGCAGGCACAGUAAGGAAUCAACUAUGAAUCUCAUCCGAAACCUCUUCUCUCCUCAAGCUGUUAGAUCUAUUCUCGACACUCCUAUUCUCCAGUCUCCAGGGAAUGACAUUUUGUGCUGGAAACAUAACCCUUUAGUUAUCUGUACUAUCAAAAGUGCUUACAAAUUAGCUAUUCAACAGAUCUAUUCCAGCUCUUCUCCUUCUCCCAUCCAGCAGCUUGAUCUUGCUCUUCUCAACACCAUUUGGGCUUCCAAAACGCUUAUACCUAGAGUUCAACUCUUUGCUUGGAGAUUAAUUACGAGAGCCCUUCCCACAGAUAAAAGAGCAGGUACUCAUGUCUAUUCUGAUGCAGCCUGGAAGUUGCCUCAGCAAAGUUCAGGUUCAUUGGAAGCCAAAGCAGGUCUUGGAGUUUACAUUGAACAUUUCUCCCAGACAGAAAAAUUAAAGGUGCAGGUCUCGGUGGCUUCCCCUCCCAGCAACUCUCCAUUGCUGGCUGAAGCUUGGGCUCUUCUUCUUGCUGCAGAUCUCAUCAGGUGCCUUCAAUUUGAAAGAGGCCUUCUCCUCUCAGAUAAUAUCACUAGUCAAGCUGCCGAUCAAAGAAACCUUCAGCAUUCCCCGGGGCAUUGGUCGAUUAGACCUUUGCUUGCUGAAAUUUCGAAUAAAACUCCUCCAGCUUUCUCAGAAAGCAUAUCCCUAGAGACUGCAAUGCAGUGGCUCAUGAUCUAGCUUCUAGUGUUAAUCUUCUAAACAUCUGUAGCCCCGCUAGAGUUACAUGUAUCAAUUCCUCUCACAGAGAUGCUGUCUGCCCUGUACAACAAGCUCUGAACCUUGUAAGUGUGAUGGGUAUCACACUAAGUACUGUACUUUGCUUCUAAUGAA